UAUUUGAAAGUGUUCCGAAUGUAAGUCGCUUUACUCAAAAAAAGUUAUCUUUCCCAGCACAUAAGUACGGUACGCCCAGUAAAAGUGGAGCACGCCCUCUCUUGACGAUAUUUAGCCAAUCACAUGACGAUCAAGCUCAACUGGUACUCUGCCAAAUGAUCACUUAUGCAAAUUACCUUUCGGUCGGACACCGGUUUAACAAGAGAGAAAAAAAUAAACUUACAAGAAAAAAAGGGACGCCCAUCGGCAGCUGUGUGUAGACUAAAUGUGUUUCAUUUUUAGUUUUGUGUGAUGUCGUGUUAAAAAUGUAAGCACCAGUAAUCCGUGACAUAUCACUGAAAUGUACAGGCAGGACAGGAUGUGACUGCGAUCAAAAACACUUUUGUCCAUCAUCAAUAUUUAAGACAAUUCUUUUCCCAGAAUGGAAGUAAGAUAAUCAACCCUGGAUUACAAAUGUUAUGAGUACACAAAGCGUAUAGUGGAUCUGUUGUAGAAGAGACACAUUUCUUGGCGGGGAUAUCAUGAGUCGUCUUAUCCGACGAUUGUCCAAUGCCUCCAUUACGUCCAUCACGUCCAUCGGCACGCCAGCGUCUCAUACCAAUGGUCUUCCAGGGGUGGCGGGGUCAGUCGGACCCAUGGACGUUCCUGCCGACGCUGAUCCCCAAGCGUGCUUUGAGGUCUUCUGCAGCCACUGGGCCCAAAUUAAAGGAAUCAUCGUCAAGCAGAAUGCCAGUGGCAGCAACCGCUUCCCUCGCUCCAAGGCCACCUUUGAUGACAUCCAAGCCGUGGCCAACUACGCCACCCAGAUGAUGUACCUCCUAGUGGAGGAGACCCAGCCUGCAGAGGGUACCAUGGGCCCCAUGUUGGAACUGACCAUCGGUGAGAAAGUCAUGGACCGGCUACUGUCCUGGGGCUUGGCCUGCGGGGAGCACGUGGAGGACAUGACGCGGGAGAUGUUGCGGAUCUAUGAGAUGAUGUUGUCGCAGGCCAAGCAGGCUGUGCUGAUGCACAACGAGUUGUUGAACCCACUACUGCGACUGCUACUGCAAUUGUCUGGGUACUGUUCAGAUAGACUGGAGCUGCAUCUGGUGCUUCUGCUGCAUCAGCUCUGCGUGUCUUUAUCAAAGGACCCUAUGCUUCUGGAGUACCUCUUUCACGCCAGUCCCAGCCAGGGUCCAGCCAAGUUCUUACUCUUCUCCCUCUUGAUCCCAUUCCUGCAUCGGGAUGGUAAGGUGGGCCAGCAGGCCAGGGAUGCCCUCCUGCUCUGUAUCGCUGUCUCCAGCCAGGGGGACAACAUUGCCAAGUAUAUCACGGAGAGCACCAACCUCUGCCCUGUUUUGGCGACUGGUCUGGGGGCGCUUUACUCACGCCUGCCUCGUAAGCUGGACAUCAAGGUUGACCAUUGGCAUUGUUUGACCCGCGAGGACUGGACGGUCAUGCCAGAGCUAUGCAUGUUCCUGCACUCACUGGAAUUCUGCAAUGCAGUAGUACAGGUUGCUCAUCCGCUUGUCAGUGCGCAGCUAGUGCAGUACUUUCACGAUGGGUUCUUAGUGCCAGUCAUAGGGCCUGCUCUACAUCAGUUCUCUUCUGAUGGUGAGGCAGAUGACGUUGGUAAUGCGGCCCCACAGGAUGAAAUUGUGGCCACAACGGCCUACGUGAAUCUCUUUGUGUCCAGCAUCACGUCCUCAAGACUGAUGCGAGCGUUCCUGCACUACCUAUGCAUGGGCCAACAUGAGGGGCGCUUAGUGCUGGACUCUCUGCUGGCCAGAAUAGGCUCCAACUCCCGGUUAUGUCUGGUGACACUGUCUCUAUUUCACACUCUGGUUAAUCUCAACUGCGAAGACUUCAUGCUGGAACUCAUUCUUAAAUUCCUGGUUCCAUGCAACCACAUCAUGGUCAGCCAACGCAAAGCCAUCAAGGAGGUGGACCUGCAUAGCAAAUCAGCAGACAGGUUCCUGUCCCUCAGGCCAGCUUGUUGCAAGUCCCCGUCCAAAGAUGCCGUCAAGUCUGCCCAAAGCAUGGACAGCCACUCUGCAAAUGCCACGACAAGCAGUGUCAUGGACUCGGCAAGGACAGGAAACCAGGUGAUGCUUGGUAUGCCAAAUGCUGGUCAUGUGCAUCCCAAUGCUAGGACUCCAAGCCAGAACUUUCUGAGUAGAGGCAAAGAUGUCAGAGCCGGCCAGGGGGCCAUUCAGAAGCACCAACCCCCUCAACCUAGUCCUGUCCCUCCAAAACUUCCACCAAUGAUUCUCGAUCUCUCGGACUUUGAGACGAGCCAGGUAGAGUAUCUUCUGGAUGCAAAGGAAGGCAUACAAGCAUGCACUCUCGGCACCCAUCACUGGUCGGCACCGUAUGAUGGUCUCAACCCUCCCCCGGCGACUCUCAGUCCAGAUAGCUUGUCACCUGCCGAAGACAAAGCUAGGAUUUCAUCAUCAUUUGAUAUCACUACAAAUGCACCAAACUCGGCUUCUUUUCCCAUCUUGGCUACUGAAGAGGAUCUGAAUGCAGGAUCCUCCUCUUAUAAAGGACACGCCGUGGCCGAGUUGCUUCCCAGGAACCGGGAGAGACUGCGGAGCUUGGAUGUCAAACUCACAGCCACAAUCCAGGAGGUGCUCUCGCUGAAAAUAGGGAGCGACAGCGAGAAAGUGGACACGUCAGACGUGAACAUCACCGAUUUAUUUAUGGACGAGAAUGCUGCUGUAGCAGUUCAGACACCAAGGGUUGAAGCAUCCACACUUCAGGUUGAACAGAGAUCAUCAUCAGAAACUAUCACCGAAGUGAAGCCAAUUGAAAAUGGUUUUAUUGAGGACAGCGAAACCCAUGAUGAAGUGAAAAUUUCUCCCGUCAAAUUAGACCAAUCUGAAAAUGCCAGUGAACUCCCAUUGCCUGAGAGUAAAGGGAGUACUGGCAAGUCUAGACCCAAAGAUCUCAAUUUAACAGGACCUGCAACAAAACCGUCUCAGGAGUCUGAUAGUGCCUUCUCUGGUAGCAAUUCCCCUGUUUUAGAUUCUAAUCUUUACAACGGAACAAGUAGUGGUGGUGUCCCAAAUGGCAAUAUUGGUAGCUCCCAGAAAGGAUCUCAAGUUGCCAACUGGCUGCAAGCUCUCGGAGAGGAUGCCAGUGGAGCCAGUUUCAUUGAGAACCUGUCGAAUGAGAAGAAGAAAGAGAAACGGCUCAGUAGUGCCGGCCAGCCUGAGUCCGAGAAGGAUCAGGACGAACCCUGUGUCUUUUGGGAAUUUGACUCGGACAUUGAGUUCUCCCCUAAAGGGGGCAGGCCGAGACAAGAUUUAGCUGGUGGCGAGGGCUCGGCUAAUGAAGCCAAGCAGAUCUUGGAUGCUCUGGGCUUCAAUAGUUCAAAAGGCGAGCCAAUGUCAACCAAUCAGCAAUCCAACUCUAGAAGCAAGGCGCAUCGCACCCAUCUAGACAGUGAGACCAGUGAAGCGGGUACCGAUGAACCCCUCAGCUCCUCCCUGAACGAAAACCACUUUUCGAUGCUCAACUCCUCAGUCAGCUCAGAUGUCAAAAGGCAAAACCAAAGUUUCACGUCACAAGGUGCUUCUCACACUGGAUGGUCCCCGACUCAAAUGCCCCAAUACAAGCAGUCUCUGAGGCCGCAGGAGGCCGCAGCCAGACCUCUGUACUCUCCCAUUGGAAGAGCCAUUGGAAUGCCAACAACAGGCCCUUUCAUGGAGGCCAUCUUUUCCCGCCUGGACACCAUGAUGGAGAACUCUUUCUACGUCAACCUCCUUCUGACUGGCAUUAUUGCCCGACUUGCCUACUACCCACAGCCUUUGCUACGGUCCUAUCUGCUCAACACUACCAUGGUGUUCCAGCCCAGUGUGCGUUCCCUCAUUCAGAUUCUGACGACAAUACGGAACAGGUUGGAUCCCUACGCGAAGAGCAUUCCUGAAUUUGGCGACCUCCUGGUGCGCGCUAAAGAUUACCUCUUCAUGCGAGAGGAUGAUGGUGACAGCACCUUAAGAGGGCGCUCUCUAAGUGAAAUCGUAGAGCCUGGAAAAUUUGGCAGGACAAGAAGUGGCUCUCUGAAGACUCUGGCAAAACACAAGUCGGCAUUUGACAACCUCUUACGCCGCGGCAAAGCACGCAACAAGUCCCUCAGCGCCACCGAGAAGCAGAAACUAGCCAAGAUAAACGAGGGCGGCAUGGCGCUACCGGCUGCCUCGGCCGAGUACCAGUCACUCAAGACUCGCAACGCGGUCUACUGCGCCGUCAUCUUUGAUGAGUUUCUGAAAGAGCUGGCGGCCAUCUCGCAGGAGCACGCGGUGGCCUUCAGUGAGCAAGAACUCGGUCUCAGAUGAGUAGGUCUGAAACAUCUAAAGCUCUUUUAUACAAUAAUAUAUGUAUUAUGUUGAAUAAUUAAUUUUUAAUGUGAGUUUAUCAGUUAAAAAAUUAAUACCAGAAUGCACUUCUUACUUCUAAUAUUUUACUGUUUCAGCUGUUUUUUUUAAUAAGAUAGUUUAAGAAGUUUUUAGAUUGGAAAAUGUUAUCCUAGAUCAAGACUAAGUAUGUGGUGAUAGUUUGAAUCAACAUUGAUAACGACCGAACAGUUUUCUGUUUCCAAAACAACAAUUUUAUAAGACAGUGGUUUUUACAUUGAAAUUUCUCCCUUUUUUGUUUUUAAAUAAGCACUUCUUACGAAAAAAAUUUUGGAACUUGUAGCUAUAAAUUGCAAAAAACAUAGAUCAUUUUCACCGCAGCCAUCUUUGAGGCGUGUGCAUUUUAUCAACAGGGACAGGCAUGAGUAGAACUCUUGUGCAUUCAUUGUUAAUGAAUUAUCACAACAAAACGCACCUCCAAGAUGGCUGCUUAAUGCAAUCAAUCUAUUGGAUGUCUGUUCAGAAGCAGCUGUUUCAAGUUGUACAUAAUUCCAGCAUUAAAAGUCAACUGUACUCUUCCUUUCUUAGUGUAGAUCAUAUUACUCAUAGCAGAUGCAUCUAUAUUAUUUUAUUCCAUUUGCUGUCUUCUUGGUAUAGAGGAACUAUUAGUGCCAAAUUAAUCUUUCUAUAAUGGACACAGGAAAGCGGGUAACGGUUUGAUAACAAUCAUUCACUAUAUGAUCCAAUCUUAUGGAGCUGCUAAGCAAAAAAAUAUAGCUAAACACAUUUGUGUGAAGCUAGGAAGUAAACAGACAAAUGCGUGUUGUCAUUUUUUGCUAGUAACCUGUUUUUGGUUAGCAAAUAUUUUCUGCGCUUAACCAAAUUUCUCAGCUUUGCAGCUCUGUGGAAUUGGCAAGUGGUGAGUAUAAAAAUAAAGUUGAGUAAUGAGUGAAAAAUGGGUGUGGAUUUAGUUUGAUAAUCUUAAAGGUUUAAAUAGGAUUUGCGUUGAACUCUGCCGGAUUGGUAAUGCAUGGCAGUGUACUGGUAUGUAUGGUUGGGUUGUGUAACAUGACUCAUCGCAGUGUUCAAAAUCAUCUCUGUGCACAUCUAGGCCAAGUUUUGUUGAGAUGCUUAACCCUCCUAUGCAAACAUACAUUCUGUACCAAGUAGUCCUUUCAGUCAAAGUCAAACAAGUAACUGUUUUCAACAAUUAAGAAUUCCCAGCCUACAUUGACUGGCUGGGACUGUUAAUGUAACUUGAUACAGCUAUGCUUUGACUGUGGGUAAUUGAUAAGCCAGCUGUGCCCACAUCUUCCCUGCUUUGUCCGUUCAUGGCCUGUUGACUGAUUUUGACUAGUCACAGUGCUUACUUUUACAUGAUCUUACUGCUGGUGACUAGCCUGUAUUAAAGUAUAGCAGGGGAAGUGGAUGGACAUUUUGACUGUGUGUGGCUGUUUAAAUAGCAGGAGGGUUAAAAGACAAAUAUCGGUCAGCAAAAUUUGUGCUGAGCACAGAAUAGUUUAGAAUUCCUCAUUAGUCAGAAUGUUGGAAUGUUUGGGUUUAAGCCUGUUUUUGUUAAGCAGAUAUAUCUAUUGCUUAUAAAAAAAGUGUGCUUAGCAUUUCCUAGAAAUUGGCUUCAGAAGCUCAAAUGGAGUGACACUGGCAGAUUGCAAAACGAACAAAACAACACAACAUUUGUUGCCAUAAGGUUGACACUAUUUUUAGUAAUCCAACAUGGAAUGCUUGUUACACUAAUUUCCUCGUACUUAAAGGGCCCAUGUAAUGGAUUUGUUUUGACUGGAGUUCUCGAAAUAUUCCUGGUGUAUCUUUCAUAUGCGAAAGCUGUUUGCGUGCUAAGUUUUCAAAUCUAAGAAUUUUUUGGAUGAAUUUUUUUUACUGUUGUGUUGGCAGUCAGCCAUUCUGUGAGAACGUUUGAUGCGGAAAUGGAAUAAGUGUCAUUUCAGAUUUCCUUUUUUUGGUAAAACAAAUUCCCCAGACUGUACAGUACGUGUCUAAAAUAAGUAUCACAGGAACAGUGCCACGAUGUUUGGAAAAAGCAUGGAGAGGGCAACUUGAGAGAAACAUGCAAUUUUUUUUCAGUCAAAAUGAAUUCCCAUUAGUUUUCUUGAAAUUAAAAACAGUAUUUUGUUAUGUUAAACCCCAUUUCCUGGGCCCUUUAAGUAUUGAAUACUGAAAUAAACAGCCAUCCAAUCAGCGAACGCUAAUGUGAAUAGGAAACUGUGAUUAACUAUGAGUGCCUUUUACAGUUCAAACCAAACACAAAGACAUGUUCUGCUUUCUUUACUAACAGCAUUUUUAUCAGAAUCUAAAAAAAAAUGGGUUAAUCUAAAAUGUAAAAAUUACAUAGCUUACCUCAGAAAACUGAUACGAGUAUAUUGCGUGAUUAUAUCAGUAUAAUUUAAUAACACAAAAAAAGUGUGUGAAAAUUUGAAAUUUCCUAACAUUUCCAGUUAUAUCAUUUGCACUAGGUUGGUGUAGCAAAUUGAACAUUGUGAGAUCUGUACAGAGCAGUUAUCAGAGAUAUCAGAUUUUUGUAAAAAAAAUUGUAAAUAGAUUGUAGAAUGGGAUAUUAACAUACAAGAAAUGAACACGGAUAGAAUUUUUUUGUUUUUGUAUUUUACUGUCAACUGGAGUAUAUCAUGUCCAGUAUUAUAUGUCCGCAUUACAGUUCAUACAGGAAGUAGGAUAACUAGAGACAAAAAAUUCCGUCAAGUAUUUUCAGAUCUUCAGAGCAGUUAUCGUAUUGUAACCUAUAUUUUAACUCGGGGGAAACUUUGGAAUCUGACUGUUAAAAAGAUGGUUUGUUGUAAUUAACAGUGUACAUAUUUUUCUUAACAGAUUUUUCAAAUGUGAUUGAAGAAAUACUAUUUGGGUAUGAUUGUUUUAAGAAAUAUAAAUAUAUUUUUUACAGAUUUUUCUGGAAUUUUUAAUGAAUAAGAUUGAUCAGUGAUUGUAGUUUUAGCUGAAAGAAUGUUUAUUAAUCGCUGACAAAAAAAAUGUUGAAGUCAAGUCUGGCCUGGUAGAUUAACUCUCCAUUUUAUGAGAGAGAAAAAAGCAAGCUUUUUCAAAGUGAAUAUAGGGGUGAUACCAAAUACCCUGUAAAAUUAUUCCCCUAAAAAAUAUUGAAGAUUGUUUAAAAACCAAGUGUGCCCAUGGCAGAAUCCAGUUACUAGACUCCCCAAAAAAACUGUGCUUAGGUAUGUUUCUCUGUUUCUUCAUAAUGUAUAGUAUCCUCUGAGCUGAAACUUCAACGGCUCAAUUGUUAUCCACCCUACUUCAGAUUUGGAGUAAUUUUGUUGAUUCAAAUGGGGGAAAAUGUAGAAAAUAAUAACCUUAUGUGGGAAGCAUUUGAUUUUCCAAGAUCCAAAUCACAUUGUUAAGGCCUUAGAUGAUUUUCCGUCUGUCUGUUGGUCGGUCUGUCUGUCUGUCUGCCUACCAUUCCAGCUUUUCCCAAAUUUAAACUUUUGUUAUCAAGCUGCUGCUAAUUUGCUUAAAAUGACUGUAUUCAUUAUAAAAAGUGUUACAUAUCUUGUCAUGUGUAAUUACAACAUUGUUAAGAUUGUGUAUACAUUUGUAUUUUCAUGGCCUAUAAGUCACUAAUUAUUACAUUAAUUUUUGCUAAGGAACAAAAAACGUGUAAAAAUGUGAAUAUCCGCCCAUGCUUUUAAUUAAAAAAACUUUUUAAGCUUAAGAGGAAAAUGCACAUUUAAAAAAAAUCAAUUUUGUAAACUAAAAUAAAUCUAGUUUUGUUAUUCGUUGUCAAGAUUUUUUUAAAAAUAAGGUAGGCAAUACAUGUGCGUGUUUAUGGUAUUCAAACUGGCAUUGGUGGUUUAUUUCCGGAAGUAUUAACUGUAUACACUGCGCGGUCUAUGCCUUGCUGAACUUGUAGAAGUAUACUGAUUAUGAGUUGCAGAUUCUCAAACAGGCAGACACACAUGGGGUUUGUUUCUUGGCAAAAAAAAUAUACAGACAGGAAACCGCAAGUUGUCAGGUUUUUUUAGGGAAACUGAAAACAAUGCUAGUUUCACGACUAGUGAUUGUAAGCAGUACCCCCUGCUGUAUCAGAUUCGAACCAGGUAACAAACCCCGGCAAGCUCAGUGGUAGAGUGGUAAGACAUCUGCACUACCAAGCUGGAGGUCGUGGGUUCUUACAAGCCCUCGGACAACACUCGAGUAUACAGUGUUUAUGAAAUGACAUUGGUGAAGGACAUAACCCAAUAUUGAAUGCUAUAAGUCCUUUUGUUCAUACAUCUACCUGAGCUGCAUAGUCUGUAUCCUUCUGACUACCCUACUAUAUGGCCUUCUCACAUUGGUUGUUACUUAAUUUUUCUUAAAGAUGUUUUCAUAUUUUUCACUUGAAGGUUUGAUGUUGAUUAUGUUGUGAAAUUUUCCUGUUUUGUUCUAAUUACUCUUGCAUAUUCUUGCAUUUUCAAACUGUUCGCAUUUUAAAGGCAUGUAGGAACAUUUGCAAUUACCCGGAAAAUUAAGCUACUGAUUUAAUGAGAAGAUCCUUGCUCAAAGUGAAGAUAGGACUGGUAUAGGACUGGUUUGAGAAAAUGGGCCCACGGACAGUUCUUUUACGUAUGUUACCAAUGGAGUCCAGUUACGAGACUCCAAAAAUUGUGCAUACCUUUUCCCGAAAUGCGUACAACGUAGUAUCCAGCAAGUUCAAACUUCAACAACUUAGUUGUUAUGCAUCUUCUUAAGAUUUUGAACAUUUGUGUUGCUUCAAAUGAAAAAGGCAAAUGAUCCAAUUACUUUUAACCUACCAAGCUAUGAAUAGUAGCAAUGGUUAAUGAAUUGGAAAUUACUUUUUGUAAUUGUUCAAAACCAAAAGAUGCAAAUGAAUGCUUUGAUACUGUCUUGCCAAAUGACUUUUUCCCCUCAUGUACAUUAGAAUUAAAACCAAGGAACAAUAAAAGAGCAAAGACAACAGCAA